GUGACACUUAUUAGCAUUAUUUCCGGUAGAAAAGAUGUCAGUCACUCCACCUACCAUAAUAUAUCCAUAAUAAAGUCCAGUCUGGAUAUUACAGUGCUUUACUUCUACCAGUAUGAUGAAGGAUUUUGUAGUUUCCUUGUUUUCGCUUUUUACAGUAUCUGUCUUUUGGAAUUCCUGUGAAGGGCAGUCUAUGGCAGAACUAAGGAAAGCCAAUAUUACUGGUGUCAAACCUAAAGAUAUAAACAGCCCAGAAGCCCAAACUGAUCUAAGCAUGGACCAAAUUAUUGUUAGAGCAAUGGGUGGAAUUGAAGUUGCAGCACAAAGCAUGGUAUCCCCAGGAGGGAUGAUCUUAGCGGAACUAGACAUGCUGUUGACAGAGGAACAGUUUAGUACUUUAUAUGAGCCACCAGAAUAUGGUGACCUGCGUGAGAUGCCUUUCUUUGAACAUAGAAGAAAGAAGAGGAAAGCCGUAAGGCAAUUAGACUUGAGGUGGGCGGACGGCGUUAUGCCUUAUUAUUUUGCAGAUGGUCAUUUUUCUGACAAAGAGAAAUACCUAAUUAAAGUAGCAAUGCGUGAAUGGGAGAAAUACUCUUGUGUUAAGUUUAGGGAGAAAACCCGUAGCGACCGGAACUAUGUUAGAUUUCAGAAUGGAAUGGGAUGUAAUUCUCAACUUGGAAUGGUUGGCGGAAUGCAAGUACUCAAUCUUGACGUUAAUGGGUGCAGAUGGAAAGGGCUAUACCUGCAUGAAAUUGGACAUGCUUUAGGUCUGGUCCACGAGCACCAGCUUCCAAACAGAGAUGAAUAUAUAGAAAUUAUGUACUCCAAUGUCGAACCGAGUAUGCGUAUCUGGUUUAAUAAAUAUUCGGGACAAGAAGUCAACCAGUAUGAUGUCACUUAUGAAUAUUCGUCAGUUAUGCAUUAUGGGAUUACGGCUUUUUCCAGUGAUGGCAAAUCCCAAACCAUCAAAGCUAAGGACAAAUCUAAAGAGGAGACUAUCGGAAAGGUUUGGCGUAAAGAAUUGUCCUUCAGUGAUGUCAAGGCGAUCAACAGAUUAUACAGAUGCGGUGAAAGAUGUCCUUCAAACAUUCGUUGUCGAGAUGGAGGUUUUGUUGACCAGAACUGUAGAUGUAUUUGUCCAGAUGGAUCACAGAACUGUCAGGAAGGCCAACCUUCAACCGGGACUGAUGCUGAACAGGACGAUACUUGUACAAAUAUGUAUGACGAAUGGGCAUGUAAUGUUUGGGCAUCACAAGGUGAAUGUAAAGCAAACAAAAAAUUUAUGUUGACAUCCUGCAGGAAAGCGUGUAAACUGUGUGGAGAUGAUGCUGAAAGCAACAGGGGAGAUCAUGUGAUGACAUGGGCGUGGAUGUGGCUCGGAACAUUUGCAAACUUAUUUCCUAGGAACUGGUCAAUAGCUGAAUGCACAGACAAGUUUGCUCCUGCAAAAUGUCAAAAAUGGGAGAGUCUAGGUGAUUGUGUAACAAGUGAGGAAUGGAUGACUGAAAAUUGUAGAAAAACCUGCAAUAUGUGUAACAAAAGGCGUGCAGAAUUUGAUGCGACUACAAACUGUAGGAAUUUAUACGACAACAGUGAAAAAUGUGACGGGUGGGCGAAAAGGGGAGAAUGUGGCAUUAACCCGUUCUGGAUGACUGAGAAUUGUAGGAAAUCUUGUAGACUUUGUCACAAACUAACGACAGAGCAGCCACCACAAAAAGAUGACUCUGGAAAUAACGACGAUGACGAUGACACCGAAGAAGAAGAAGAAGAUAGAAGUGGUAGAACAGCCAGAAGUUGCCGUGAUCUGCAUGAUACGAGAAAAUGUAAACGGUGGGCGGACCAAAAUGAAUGUGCUGUCAAUCCCGAUUGGAUGAUUCCUAACUGUAGAAAAUCAUGUGAUAGAUGCGUUGGAGGUUCCUGUAGAAAUUAUCACGAUGAUACAGAAUGUGACAGGUGGGCAAGUAGAGCUGAAUGCAUCAAGAAUCCCUCUUGGAUGAGGAGAAAUUGUGCAAAAGCCUGUCAUUCAUGUAACGAAAUGGACAUGGAUGUGUUCGAUGACGAUAAAGAACAAAACGAGGAUGAAGAAAAAGACGAUGGUGACACUACUGAUACACAAAAUGAUCGUGACACUAAUGUAGGAAGACGACGAAAUAAUCAAGAUGACGAAGAAACGGUAAUUAGUACUGAUGAUGUUGAAUGUACUGAUGAACGACAGGAAUGUGAAGCCUGGGCAAGACAUGAACAUUGUGAAAUAAACCCAGACUACAUGCUCAAAUCAUGUAAACUGGCAUGUGGUGUAUGUCCGAACACCAGAGAAGAUACAGAUGUCGGGAGGACAACGACGGUUGCCGGCCGAGAGGACAGGAGCCAUAAUGAUGACGGCACCGUGGUAAAUGAUGGUGGUACAAGAGACCGUAAUACAAACACAAAUAAUUGUGAAGAUGACAAUCAGGACUGUGAUAGUUGGGAGAGAAGUGGAGCAUGUGAUAAUAAUCCUAGCUAUGCAUUACGUCAUUGUAAAAAAUCUUGUAAUAAUUGCAAAGACAGUUGUCGUGAUGAACAUACACUUUGUCCAAUAUGGGGAAGAGGUAAAAGUUGUACCUCAAAUCCAGGAUAUAUGCUCCGAUUUUGUCAAAAAACUUGCACUGUAUGUCAGUGAUUAACGCCAGUCAUUUCACUAUCUUUGUUUGAUAUAAAAGUAUAAUUAUUAAGGAUGUAACAUAUGGUUUUUCACCUAAUUUUUUUAUUAAUCUGUAAAGUUGACUUUAAUCAAGGAAUAGAUGAUUUGAUAAUCAUGGAUCUCAGUUGUCCGACAACUGUUUAUUCAAUAUUCAUUCAUUUAGCUAUUAUUGUUAGAUGUCAUUGUAUUCUGUUUCCGACAUAGAUUGGUCAGUAAGUAACUGGAGAUUUAACUGUAUAUUUAAGCCUUCUAAAUGAAAUAUGUAAUAAUCGUCUAUAUUUGUAAGUAUUUGUCAUAUUUAUAUAACAUUAAUUUAGAAUUUUAUGUAAUGGUUAGAUAAAAUAUUGUCGUUAGUGAUGAAUACAGACUCAGUUAAUGUUCAACAACAAAAUUAAUAAAUUUAUUUACGAAUUUGA